AUGGACAGUGACAAGCUCAUCCGCUGGGCGAGGUUUGGUGAUCUUAACCGUAAUCCAGAUCCUCGAAUUGGGUACGAGAUCAACCAACUCGCGCGCCAAGGCAUAUGUGUCUCCGUCGCCGAUCCGGUCGGCUUGUACAUGCACAAGUUCGACACCGGCACUUUCAUGCUUGAUCCUACAGGACAUGGAGAUCAAGGCUCGCUCCAACGGCUUCCACGUGGAACUUUCGAGUUCCAACGAGGCGGUAUCAGCAAAGAGCAGGGCCUGCGCUUGAGGAUCCAGGUCCCAGACGGCGUCAAGAAUGCCGACAGUAGGCAGCUGACCGUAAGUGACAUCUACGACAUGAAGAUACAGCGCCACAUCAAGUACGGCGCCCAGUUCGCGGAUUAUAUCAUCAUGGGAGUCCGAGCUGUGGCCAUUCUUGGCGGUCAACCGGCUCCGGCCGAGUGCUGUAGAAAGAUCGCUAUGGAGGCCACUCCUUUCGCACGCCUUUAG